CCUUGUCGACAAGUUGUCUAUUAAAUUUCAUCAAAAAACUUUAUGUGUUAGUAUUCAUAAUUGUUAAAAAAUUCUGUUUAAAAAACAAAAAUAAAAAAUAAAAACAAUGAAUGGAGUUUUAAGAAAUACAUUGCGUCUUGUUGGCACAGCAAAAUAUGCUACAAAUAAUUCAACAUAUCUACGAUCCAUGAUGCUCACAACUAAUCGUUUAAAUCAUUCAUUGCCAUUACUUCAAUCAAAUGAUCCUAACGAUAAUGGAUCAGAAAUAUCACAUGCUACUCGAGCUAAAAAAAUCUGGACUAAUUUUUGGGGAACCAUUCAUGCUACUGGAAAGAAAAUAUCAAUAUUUAAGGAAGAAAUAAAAACAUCAAAUAUUAAUGAUUUUGAGGUAUCAUUUAGUAGCAGUAAAGCAUCAUUAUUUUCACAAGAAAUAAAAAAAAAUUGUAUUUUUCCUUCCAUAUUCUGCACUGAACUUAAUGGAGGAUUAAUUAUACCUAAAAGCAAUAAAACUGGUGAAAAAAAAAAAACUUCAUUUGAAAUAGGUCAUUGGAAUGCAUCAUUCGCUGGUGAUUCAUUAGUAUUACACUCAAAAACCAAAUGUCAAACUAAAAAAAAUUGA